AUGGCCACCACAACGUCAGUAGGUCUCCUCCACACGCACGCGCACGCGUCGCUGAGCAAGCUCAUCGCCCAGCGCACCACCGGCCUGCUCUCCCACGAGCCGUGCGUCCCUUCGCAACUAUCCUCCGUCAAAUUCCUCUCCGGCUGCGAUUCCUUCCCGAACGCCAAACUCGCCGCCACCUCCGCAUCAUCCGGCUCCCUAUGCGUCCCCGGCGCGUUCCCCGCGGAGAAGCGGGGACUUAGAGUGGUAGCGGGCGGGCCCGGGCUGGCGGACGAGCAGGAUCAGGGGCGGCAGGGGUCGUCGGACGACUUUCCGCCCGUGCCGUCCGGGCGGAUGAUGGUGCCGAUGAUGAAGAAAGGCUACGGCGCUUUCGGCGGUGCGACGCUCGAGAAGUCCAAGCUCGACCUCUCGUUUUCCGCCACCAAGACCUCCCCACAGAUUGACCUGGGCGGUGGAGGUGGUAACGUCGGUAAGGGCGGGGCGCACGGCGGAGGCGACGGCGGCGACGACGGUGGCGACGAUGACGACUACUUUGGCGAGGACGACGGCGACGACGGCGACGAUGAUGGUUUCAUUCGCCGAGCGAUCAUUUCUGAGGUGUUCGACAGGGCGUCGGUGGAGGCGGUGCUGCAGGAGUGGUUCCGAACCAUGGCGGACUUGCCCUCCGGCAUCAGACGAGCGGUUGAAAUGGGUUUGGUGAGCUCCGCGCAGGUGGCGCGCUUCAUGUCGAUGGACGCGCGCCCCACCAUCGCGCGCAUCGUCUCCCGCGCCACUCCCGCCGAGGUCUCGCGCGCGUUCGUCGGCCGCAUGAUGGCGGACCCCGCGUUCAUCUACAAGCUGCUGCUGGAGCAGGCUGUCACUGUGGGCACGUCCGCGUGGUGGGAGGUCAAGCAACGCGGCGAUAGACUGAAGGACGAGUGGGGCCUGGCGCUGACGAACGUGCUCACCCUCUCGCUGUGCAACGCGGCGGUGGUGUGGUCGCUGUCCCCCACGCGCUCUUACGGCUCCACAGCAACCUCAGAAUGGCAGAUGGCGCUGCAGAAGCUGCCCAACCACAUGUUCGACAAGAGCUACCCCCUGCGCGAGUUCAACCUGCCUGCCCGCGCCGGCAGCUUCUUCUAUAAUGCGGCAAAGCUCAGCCUCGUGGGAUCGACGGUCGGUGCCCUGGGAGGGCUCGCCUCCAACGCCAUUCUCUCAGCCGUUUCCAAGGGCAAGGAAGGCUAUCGGCCGUCAGUGCCUGUCCCAUCUGCGAGCACGAGUGCAGCGGCGUACGGGGCGCACACAGGGUUGUCAGGCAACCUGCGCUACCAGCUGCUGUACGGGCUCGACCGCGUGUUGCAGCAGCACUUCAACCACAUCCCCGUUGCUGUCCUCGGCACCACCGCUCUCAGGUGUGGCAACGUUCUAUUGGGCGAGCCGUCUCGUCUGAUGUGGCUGGGGAUGGACGGCGAGGCGCAGCAACAGGCCAAGGCGGAGCAGCAGGCGUACCGCCGCCCCUCCCGCUCCUCCGGUGCCGGCGCCAAGACAAACUCGUUCCUGCAAUCACUGCUCGGCAAGAAAACAGACCAAGCACAGCUUAAGAAAAAGAGUGCUGCUAGGAGAGUGACCAAGGCUGUGGCUGCAGGAGGGGCAGAGGCAGGGGUGGAAGCGGGUGCGGCGAGUGCAGAGGGGGCGGAGAAGGUGCAAGGGACGGGAGGUGCGGCUCGCACGGCAAAGCGCAAGAAAGCUGGUAGUGGCGGUGGUGACUUUAAUGCGCGGGAGAAGCAUCUUGACGCGUACACAGCGGACGACGACGAGGCGACUGUGCGACGUCGCCUGGCGGCGGAGGGGCUGGAGAUGCGCGACCUGGUGCCACGUGGACGAAUGGGCGCGUGGCACGUGGCCAUCGUGUUCGUCUAUCACAUGCUGCCGUACACGCCCCUCCCCUGCACGCUCGCCACGCUUGCCUGCUUCUACGGGUACAGGGCGUACGGUUGGCAGGGUGCAGUGGCGGUGGUGCUGCUGCUGCUCUUCCUCCGCCUCAUCCCCCUCUACUACAACUCCGCCUGGCGCAAGAAACUCACUUUCCUAUACGAGGCAAUGGCGCACUACAUGACACGCGUGCGCGUCAUCAUGCCAGCUCAGCAGGUGCCACGUGGCGGGUACCUGUUCACAGCGCACCCGCACGGGCGCAUGUUCUACAGCAGCAGCAUGCUCACGCAGACCGCGCACCUGUGGAAGGACUUCUUCUGUCCCCACGGAGAGCUUUUUGGAGCAGCCAACAGCACCUUCUUUGAGGUGCCAGUGAUUCGCUCCAUGCUCUAUCUGGCUGGGGCCAUCCCUGCCAGCCGCAGCAGCAUCAUUGCCAAGCUCCGGCACGGCGACCAUGUGGGCAUAGUGGUGGGUGGCAUCAGGGAGGUGUGUCUGGGAACCAACCCUCACACGGACGUGCUCUAUCUCAUGAGGAGGCGUGGGUUUGCGCGCAUAGCAGUGGAGGAGAAGGUGGGGGUCAUUCCCAUGUACUGCUUCAAUGAGACGCAGUUGUUCAAGCACGAUCCACUCUGGCUGCUGCAGUUCUGGGCGGUGGUGAAUCGCUACUGGCGCAUCGGUGUCCCGUUCAUGAGGGGGGUAUGGCACAUGCCAAUGCCCUUCCGCAGGGACCUGCUGAUUGUGAUUGGGAAGCCUAUGUUCCCACGAGAUGGAGAGACGGUUGAUGAAUUCCACGCUAGAUAUGUGGAUGCAAUAUCGAUCAUCUUCCAUAGCUUUGAAAUAGAGUGGGAUUCAUCGCAGCUGCUAACGGGGAUCGCCAUAUCCUCGCACGCCAUGGCGCCCGUGCGCGAGGCCCAUUUCCCCGUGCCAGUGCUCUCCGAUAACCCCGACGGCUGGGGACCCACCACUCUCCCCGAGCAGUUUAAAGACGUCCCGUACGCGCCGUUCAAUAAGGGCGACCGCGUCGGCCGCGCGGCGGACUGGACCUCCCAAGGAUACCGCCGCUACGAUCGCGAUCGCCAGGGCGGGGCGGGCGGGGUGAAUGCCGCCUUCUCCUUCUUCCAGGACCAGGAUGAGGACUCGUUUCAACUCGUGGACACCAAGCCCGUGCAGAAGCCUCGCUACGGCCCCCGCCGCUUCUUCCAGAAUCGGUUCCAGAACCGGCGCGGGGAGGAGGGGAAGCGCGACGGGCGCGACAGCGGCGCGGGCGCGGACAGGGAGCGGCAGCGGCAGCAGCGCAUGCAGCAGCAGAAGCGCGGGCAGUGGAACCCGUACUACGACCGCAACGCGCAGCGCGCGACGUACAACAGCUCCGUCGAUAUCCGCCCCGAAUGGGUCGUGCUCGACCAGAUCCCGCUCUCCGCGCUCUCCAAGUUAUCUUUCAACGCGGGGGAACCUCAGGACGUUACCACGUGCGGUGCGUUGGAGUAUUACGACAAGACGUUUGACCGAGUCAACCCCAAGUCAGAUCGUCCACUAGAGCGGUGUGAAACGCGCCAGUUCCACAAGGUCACCACGAGUGACGACCCCGUGCUGAAGCGACUGGCGGCGGAGGGCGGGGACGCGCCAGCGGUGUUUGCCACGGACGCCAUCCUGUCCACGCUCAUGUGCGCGCCGCGCUCCGUGUACUCGUGGGACGUGGUGGUGCACAAGAGCGGCGGGAAACUGUUCUUUGACCAGCGAGACUCGUCGUUUGACUUGCUGACGGUGAACGAGACGGCGACGGGCAUAGAGCCAGCGCCAGAGGACAGCAUCAACGGCAUCGCGUCGCUCAGCCAGGAGGCCACGUUCAUCAACCAGAACUUCUCCCAGCAGAUCGUCAACAAGGGAGCCAAGCGGCAGUUCGCGGAGGCGAAUCCGUUUGCAGCGGAGGGCGAGGAGGUCGCAUCAGUGGCGUACCGCUACCGCAAGUGGAUGCUGGACGGGGACAUGCCAUUGGUGGUGCGGUGUGAGCUAGAUGCAGUGGUGGACAUGAGGGGACAGGAGAUGCUCGCCACAGUGAAUGCGCUCAACGAGUUUGACCCCAAGGUCACGGGCGUCGACUGGCGCGCCAAGAUCGACAACCAGAGGGGCGCGGUGCUAGCAACGGAGCUGAAGAACAACAGCAACAAGCUCGCCAAGUGGACGGCGCAAGCGCUGCUCGCAGGGGCUGAUCUGAUGAAGCUGGGGUAUGUGUCGCGAGUGUUCCCCAAGAACAACCUCAAGCACACCAUCCUCGCAGUGCAGGCAUACAAGCCCAGGGAGCUGGCGAUGCAGAUAACGCUCUCCUCCGCCAACAUGUGGGGCAUCGUCAAGCACAUAGUGGACAUGUGUAUGAAGCUCGAGGACGGCAAGUACCUGAUUGUCAAGGAUCCCAACAAGCCCUUCCUCAGGCUGUACGAGGUGCCAUCAGACGCAUUUGACAACGACUAUGUGGAGGAGCCUCUUCCUGAGGAGGACCAGGCCCCGCCUCCCACUGAGGCAGCUGAUGGCGAUGCAGAGGCAUCAGCAGCAGCUGGUGAUUCCAAUGCUGCUGCAUGA